AGCCCACGGUCCCAAAGUAAAACGACGACGCUUUGGGACUGUACUGUCUCACCCUCACUCUGCUUACAGGUUUCUUUAGCUCCAUCGCCUAUACGAACACCAACCAGCAGCUGAGCCGAGCUAGCCUCCUCUCCCGCGAGUUUCUCCGCAAAAUCGUGAUACCGGAAGUGAGUUGAUUGAAGAAUUGAGGCUUUAGACAUACUCUAUUAUCCCAAGCACGUAGUGGGUUUUCUGGAAAGAUGAUAAGGAUAUUAAAAUCGAAACCGUUGGCAUCAUAUUUCGAAACUUCGAGCCAUCAAUUACUUCAACGAUGCUCAGUUAGUAGAACUGCAAAGGGUAAAGGAAAGUUGAAGGAUGGGCAGCAAUUGAAGCGGUCUAAGGUAACUACAAAAAAAGGCGCUGGGGAAGCUCCUCCUACGGGCAGAAAAGGAAGUGAAAAAGAUAGGCUAGAAAAGUUUUAUGAUCAAUGCUUAAAUGCUCCUACACCUAUUAGGCACUUGACCCCGAAACAGAGAGAACGUGAAGCGGAGAGGGAGAAAUUGGGGCUUAUUAGCAAAGAUCGACAGCGAGAGAUUGAGUUGCUGAAAAAAGAUAAGGGGAAAAUGGGUGUCUCAGAGACACCAACAAUUAUUGGGACUCCUGGUUUGGAUCUGAUAUCACUUGGAUUGGUUGAUGAAAAUGAGCUACCUAAGUAUGAACUGACAGUUGAAGAUGGUCGGAAGCUUGCAAAGGAGUACAGUAGAGUUAUGAUGAGGCGUCAUCGGGCAAGGCAAGCAGCGGAAUCAACACUCUUACGAAUGAAGAAAGAAGCGAUCGAGGCAUUGCCUGAACACUUGAAAGCAGCUGCAAUGGUGCCUGAUCUGACUCCAUUCCCAGCAAAUCGCUUCAUGGCAACUUUAACUCCUCCUAUUGAAGGUUAUAUUGAGAAGGUCAAAGAAGCAGCUAAGAGGAGCAGUGGAAAGGAGAAGCUCCGAUGAUUAAAGAUAGAGUUAUGAAUCUUGUGAUUAUAAUGAUGAAGAUCUAAUUUCCAACGACUAGUUAUCAUCUUGAAGACGGAGAGCUGUGCUUGGCUACAAGGAUCGAACAAUACAGAAAGUGAUGAAUAAAAGUUACCGAAUUCAGAAUUGCCGUUUGGCUUUUGUUAAAUGAGCGCAUAAGUUUUAGGACCCUUGGCUAUUGAAUUCCUUUAGUUGACAAAACUGACAAUUUUGAUCAAAUUACUGAGUUUUACAUGUUUGCAUUAUUCCAUCAAGUUUUAAAAUUACUGUUGUACUCGAAUCGUGUAACUGCAACAUUUAAAAUUUAUUGCUUUGGAAUUGGAAGUAUUAGCGAAGCGUUGGUAUCUAUAAAGGGUCAUUUUCUACUGUA